GCAGAGUUCUUCUAUGAGUUCCAGACUCUGCGCUCCAUGGAUCUGGACAUCAUGGACAACCCCACGGUGAACGUUCCUCUCCUGGGCUCUGUACCACGUCGGCCCUCAGUGGUGCAGGUGGGCUUCCCGUGUUUAGGAGGCCAGGACGGCGUAGCAGCGUUUGAGGUCACCAUACUGGUCAUGGACGCCGGCGGGAACAUCAUCCUGAGGACACCUCACAACGCCAUCUUCUUCAAGACCUGCCAGAGAGCUAAAUGUCCAGGUGGUUGUCGUAACGGUGGGUUCUGCAACGAGAGACAGGUGUGUGAAUGUCAGGAUGGUUUCUACGGGCCUCACUGUGAGAAAGCCCUCUGCUCUCCCAGGUGUCUGAAUGGUGGACUGUGUAUGAGUCCAGGGGUGUGCAUCUGCCCACCUGGUUACUAUGGAGACGGCUGUGACAAAG